AUGCGUGAGAGCUUUGCCUCAACCAACUGGCACUCCUACCUCUCCUGCUCCCACUACGGGGCCCCUGCGACCACGGCGGCAGCAGGUGGUAAUCCCUUUGAGGGACAUCAGCUCUAUGUGAAUCCUUACUAUGCGUCUGAGGUUGAGAAUAUUGCCAUUCCCUCGUUGCCAGCCUCUCUGGUCGCCAAGGCAAGUGCAGUUGCGAAAGUACCCUCUUUCCUUUGGAUGGACACCAGCGCCAAAGUCCCGAAAAUGGGCGAAUACCUCAGGGACAUCAAAGCCAAGAACGAUGCAGGAGCAAGCCCUCCAAUUGCUGGGAUUUUCGUUGUUUACAACCUUCCAGACCGUGACUGCGCUGCAUUGGCCAGCAAUGGAGAAUUAGUUAUUGCAGAUGGUGGUGUUGAGAAGUACAAGGCCUACAUUGAUUCCAUCCGCGAACACAUCGACAAUUAUCCUGAUACCCAGAUUAUCCUCGUCAUUGAGCCUGACAGCUUGGCCAAUCUCGUGACAAACAUGGCAGUGCCCAAGUGUGCGAACGCUCAUGAUGCGUAUCUGGAGUGUACCAACUAUGCUCUGACGAAACUCAGUGCCCCGAAUGUUGCGAUGUAUCUAGACGCUGGACAUGCUGGCUGGCUGGGCUGGCCCGCGAAUAUUGGUCCAGCAGCCCAACUGUAUGCAUCCGUGUACAAGAACGCAAGUUCACCUGCUUCAGUGCGUGGUCUCGUGACCAACGUGGCUAAUUUCAAUGCCUUCGUCGCCACGACGUGCCCCUCUUACACCCAAGGAAAUGCUGUCUGCGACGAGAAGAGCUAUAUCAACAACUUCGCCCCACAGCUGGCCAGCGCUGGAUUCGAUGCUCAUUUCAUCGUUGACACCGGCCGCAACGGAAAGCAGCCCACUGGACAGCUUGCAUGGGGUGACUGGUGCAACGUGAUUGGCACUGGCUUCGGAGUCCGGCCAACCACUGACACAGGAGACAAGUUGGUGGAUGCUUUCGUCUGGGUUAAGCCCGGUGGUGAGAGUGAUGGCACCUCGGACACCUCUGCUAAACGCUACGAUGCAAAAUGUGGACUCGAGGACGCUCUCAAGCCAGCCCCUGAAGCUGGCACGUGGUUUCAGGCCUAUUUUGAACAGCUUCUUCGAAACGCCAACCCCUCGUUCUAG